AGGAUUUCAUAGUGCUUGUCGUUCACUAGUAGUGCUACAACGCGUAGAGAAGGAAAAAUACCAUCAGGUUUUUUGGGAAAAUAAAGUAGGUCCGCAGUAGAAGACUAGUAGGGGUUCAUCGUUUAAUUCCUUUGCGUAGUUUGCGCUCAAUACAUUAAAAGAAAAAAAUCGAAGUAGAAAUGCCGGAAACGGGCUUGGACGCGGGGGCCAUGCCCACGGGGCUGGGCAAUUUCAAGGGGGUGAUGUUGUGCAACCGGCCCGACCUCUCCGCCCCGAAAACCAAGGACCCCACGGAAAUGCCGCCGUUCUACAGCGCCGUGGCACCCGGGGCACUGGAGCCGCUCGGCAUGCUCCACCCGAACGAAUUGAAUCCCAUGGAGCAAAAGCGCGACAUGCCACCCGCAAUGAAAAAACACAGAAAAUGGCUGCAGAAUCUACAGGUGAGAGGACUUUAAGUAACACAAGUACAGCUUUUAUUCAGAAGUGGUAUAAGUUAAGUGCGAGAAGAAUCUGUUAUGCAUAGUGUCGUGCUAAGAAAUACCGUUAACAAGGAGCUACAUCUAUUGAAAAACUUUAUCAGGACGAGCUCAAGACGAGUAAGACGGAACUGCAAGCAAAAGCAGACUCAAAGGAAUCCAAGGUAGUGGACCUGCGCGAGAAGUGCGCGGACCAGCGACAGGCAGUGAGGGACGCGCUCUCAAAAGCAACAGAGGAGGAUAUCCAAAAAAUGUUGUAAUAUUGAAAAAAAGCAUGUAUACAGUGAAACAGUAUACAGUGAAACAAGUUUAUUCCGCAUGAACUAGAACUAGGCCAUCCUCUCCUUUCUCGUGCAGCUCUAUGGGCAGUCUGUCUUGUGUAGAAUCUGUGGCCCCGAGGAAUGAAAGAGGUUUUCCAUUCUUGCUUAAAAAUAUCCACUAGUAGUACAAGGGCAUUGAUUCGACCACAACUCCGUUUCUUUUUCAACAUUUCGCUUUCAGUUUCAUACCCCAGCAAACGAAAAACCACCCGGAAUUUCUGAACAACCUGAAAGACGCCGUCGCCGUGUCGGAGGACAAACCGCUCCCCGAGCCCCUGCCCGCCAGCAAGAUGAACGCCGCCGCAAAUAAAGACGGGGGUAAGAAGAAGAAAAAGAACAAGCCUUUGUGGGCAAUGUCGGCGACGGAGAAGGAAGAAAACGAAGAACACGAGGUCGCGGACCUGCUGGACUUUGCGCAAAACCUCAACUUCGAGGACUACGUGGAGGAUUUGGAGUUCCGCCAGGCCUUGUCGGUGCUCAAAGGCCGCGCGAACGAUCUGCUGGCGCGCACGGAACAGAAGUUCCUCAAGGACGUCGCGGAAAAGAAGAAGGAGCUGAUCACGGAAGUCACGGAGGAAAACCUCUCCGAACUCGAGGACAAAUCGCACAAGCAGAAACUGCAGGCCACGGUCGUGUCCGGCGUCUCCCAGUCCGUGUCGCAGCGGGGCGGGCGCAAGGCGGUUGAGGAAGAAGAGGAAAGCAGCUACUACUCCACCGAGCCCGAGUCCGCGGAAACCGCCACCUCGGUGUCCUCGUUCUCCUCCUACGGCUACGUCACGCUCCGGCGGAAGAUAUGCAUUGCAAAUAUGUCUGGGUCUGGAAGAUUGCGAGAUUUCUCUUGCUAGUUCGGCAUGACUCUGAACUCUGUAUUGCGUGGCCACGAAGACCUCCUCUCGUCUAUUUAUGCAAAAACGAUGUUUCUCAUGCAGAAUACGCAACACAGAGCCACGAGAAAAUCUGUCAUGAUUGGCGAUGCAUUACAGUGCGCUUUCUGUUCACUAACAUGCAUCACAAGUUUCCAGACCCAGACAUAUUUGCACUUGAUAGAAGAGGGAGGAGGCCGAGAAGGCGGCGCUCUCGAACAAAGAGGAGGACCUCCAGUCGGUUGCUUCUUCGUCCCGCGAGGUUGCGAAGGAGGUGCUGAAGGAGAACCCGGAGAUGAAGGCGGUGCACAGCAAGGAGUAUCCCAGAGAAAAAAGCUGGCAGGUCAUAUUUGUAAUGCAAAAGUAAACACACAGACAAAAUCUGCAUAUCCGAAGCAGCAUGCUAUGGUGCCGCCCAUGACAGAUUUUCCUGUGUAUUUAUUUUUGCAUUACGAAUAUGACCUGCCUUCUUUUUUCUGUGGGAUAAGGAGUCCGUCAUGCGCAUGGUCGAGAAGUUGGCGGCGGGCAUCGAAGAGCUCAGCAAGAGGCCCGCAAACCGGGAGCCGCUCAUCGUAACGUCCGAUGACCACCAUCCGGUGCAGCGGGAGGCGCUGGACCCGAAAAACGUGGCGUAUUUGUACCGCAGUCCCGCAAUCUAGGGUACUAGGCAGCUAUUGAAGAAGCUGCGCCCUGGGGUGAAGGAGAGUCGUCGCUUAGAACAAGAGGUGUGGUACAGAGUGAAACUAAUGCGAGGCGAACAUCCUACGCACUUUUGCUUUAUCGCAGUGUCAGAAAAUUUUUACCGCAGAAUACAGAACCUAUUUACUACACACAACGCCGCGUCUAAUAUUAAUAUAAUCCUGCGAAGAUUAUAGACGUGGCUGAGUUGUAUGUUGUGUCCACCUCGGAACAACGAUUUUAUGCACAGUUAUGGUUUAUUAGUAUCAAACACACAAGAGGAGCCGAAAGAUCGUUUUGUCAAAAAGUGCUGAAAGAUGGACCAGGAAGUGUCAGAAGUACAGAGUUGUAGGGUAAGUUUCAGGUUCCCCUGUAUCCACGUAUUGUCAAGAACAUGACUACAGUAGGACCGUCGCUGUGGUCGUGCAAAUAAAGGAAAAA